UUUGCAUCUGUGAGUAAGGUGGAUUACAUGACUAUGCGACAUGGAUUUAUUAACGCACAUUUUGCUCCUGAUAGCAAAUUUGACUUCCAUAAGUACAUCAAACGAUCAAUGGAGGACGAUUUUAAAGUUGUCGUCGGUAUAAGUAUUCCUUUAUGGGCUUUUGCUGUAAUCUUUCUGCUUAUGAACGUUUACAAUUGGUACACACUCACCUGGCUCUCAUUAGCGCCGCUAGUGAUACUUCUACUAGUCGGCACAAAGCUUGAGCUCAUAAUCUUGGACAUGGCCCAAGAAAUCCAAGAUCGAACUACAAUUGUAAGAGGCGUACCCGUGGUAGAGCCCAACAACAAGUAUUUUUGGUUCAAUCGCCCGCAAUGGAUCAUCUUCUUGAUUCAUUUUACCUUAUUCCAGAAUGCUUUCCAAAUAGCCUAUUUCUUGUGGACAUGGUAUGAAUUUACUAUCACAUCUUGCUUCCAUGAAAACUUGCCACUAAUAGUGAUAAGAGUUGUCCUUGGGAUUGGCUUACAAGUCCUAUGCAGUUACAUAACAUUUCCUCUCUAUGCAUUAGUGACACAGAUGGGAUCUCACUGGAAGAAAGGAAUAUUUGAGGAACAAACAACAAAAGCACUUAAAAAAUGGCGAAAAACAGCUAGAGAAAAGACGAAAUUAAGAAAUGCAGGAUCAAUGGAAUUUCCUUCAGUGAGUGGUGAAAAUACACCAAGUCAAGGAACAUCACCUAUGCAUUUGCUUCACAAAUUCAAGCCUAGUAAUCAAACAGACACAGAUAGUGUUCUAUAUUCUCCGAGAUCAUACCAAUCUGAUGAUCAAACUGAUUUUUCAGACACAGAGGGAUCUACGCAUCAAUUGAAUUUGAAACAAAUCAUGUCACAACCUGAACAACAUCCUGCAGGGAAUAAUCAACAAAAUCAUAAUAUUGAUUUUUCAUUUGAUAAGCCUUAACAAGUAACAAUGAUAUUAUUUGACCACUUGUGAAACUGGUCCACCGUAGCAUUAGCCACAACACAAUGGUA